GCAACUCUGGACUCUGUAGGGCAGGCAGGGAGCCGUGGGCGAAGGCUGGCCCGCGCCGCCUCUUCCCAACUCGUGCAGCCCGGAGCGACCCGCCGCGAAUCCGCAGCUCAGUUGGGUAGCACAGCUUGUCCUGGACCCACCGCCAAGAUGGAUUCAUGGGUGGUGCUGCUGGGCCUCCAAAUUAUGUGGCUCCCACUCCUGACCCACGGUACAGCUCCCACUCCCACCCUGAGAUUUGUGGCUGUGGGCGACUGGGGAGGGGUCCCCAAUGCCCCAUUCCACACAGCCCGGGAAAUGGCCAAUGCCAAAGAAAUCGCCAGAACCGUGCAGACGAUGGGCGCUGACUUCAUCAUGUCUCUGGGGGACAAUUUCUACUUCACUGGAGUGCACGAUGCCAGUGACAAGAGGUUCCAGGAGACCUUUGAGGACGUGUUCUCUGACCGUGCCCUUCGCAACAUCCCCUGGUAUGUGCUGGCUGGAAACCAUGAUCACCUUGGCAACGUCUCCGCACAGAUUGCAUACUCUAAGAUCUCCAAGCGCUGGAACUUCCCCAGCCCUUACUACCGUUUGCGCUUCAAAAUUCCACAUACAAACAUAACUGUGGCCAUCUUUAUGCUGGACACAGUGAUGCUGUGUGGCAACUCGGAUGACUUUGCCAGUCAGCAGCCCAAAAUGCCACGAGACCUGGGAGUGGCCCGCACUCAGAUGUCCUGGCUCAAAAAGCAGUUGGCAGCAGCCAAGGAGGACUACGUUUUGGUGGCCGGCCACUACCCCAUCUGGUCCAUCGCUGAACACGGACCCACGCGCUGCCUUGUCAAGAACUUGCGACCAUUGUUAGCCACAUACGGGGUCACUGCCUACCUGUGUGGACAUGACCACAACCUGCAGUAUCUUCAGGACGAGAACGGUGUGGGCUAUGUGCUGAGUGGGGCCGGCAACUUCAUGGAUCCCUCUGUGCGACAUCAACGAAAGGUCCCCAACGGCUACUUGCGUUUUCACUAUGGAUCUGAGGACUCCCUGGGCGGCUUCACACAUGUGGAGAUAAGCCCCAAAGAAAUGAGCAUCAUAUAUGUGGAAGCCUCUGGAAAAUCACUCUUUAAGACCAGCCUCCCAAGGCGACCCAGACCCUGAACACCACAAGCGUCCUGCUUGUCCCCUAACGGGUGUGAGGGAGGAGGCAUCUGCAGGCGUGGUGGGUGGGCCCUGUGAGGACCUCACCCACGGCAGCUUCUCUGCCCUGGUACUCUGGCAGAGAGGGAAGGGGAACCAAGGGACUUACUUUCAGGAAAGAAGUAGGCUCACACCAACUGAUCCCACAGCCAGGCCCUUUUAGGGUAGAGUUUCUUGAGAACAGGUUUUCCUUUAAGUCAAGAGUCUUACUGUCACUGCUAUUCAAUAAAACAAUGCUUUGUCUCCAGAA